AUGGAUUUCCACAAUGCUCAAGAAGCCGCGGAAUCGGUCUCUGGCGCCUUUUUCCGCAACGCCACAGCGUCCCGCGUCGACACUGACGCGGUCAUAUUUGACACCAUCUCCAACGCCCAUCCCGGCGUACCCAUCACUAUCGUCCCAGAAUUCAAUUGCAACUUGAAGGCCUAUGCUGCAGCUGGCCAUGCCUCGAUCGAGAUUCUUGAACAAAGCAAUAUUGACCCCAAGAUCUGGCCGGAUUCGCUUAGAUGGACCUUGUUCCUCCCGCCAGUCAAGCGCAUGGACGGCGGCAAUGGUAUUGUCGCCGAGGAGGUCUUUUUUGAAAGUUACAUCUAUGAAUGGGGGAACUUAACGUUCUUGGUCUACUUCGUUGACGGUAGAGACGGGCUUUUGUCAUAUCCGCAAGUCCGGAACCAGUAUAUCUUGGGCGAUAAAGCGGCCGCGCGAACCCUGGUAGCGACCGUUGGACGAUGGGAAUCUAUCCUGCAUGACGAGGUGUGGGUGUUCGACAAGGGUUACUGGCAGAAGGAUGCGCUCCUGUAUCGGAGCAUCAUGAAAUCUCGUUGGGAGGACGUUAUUCUCGACAAGGACCUGAAGGAUGAUCUCAUCGACACAGUCCAACGAUUCUUCGAUUCGAGGGAACAGUACAGCCACCUUGGUGUUCCUUGGAAGCGAGGCGUGAUUUUCUACGGCCCGCCGGGGAACGGCAAGACCAUUUCAAUCAAAGCCACCAUGCACACUCUGUACAGCCGUGACCCGCCGGUACCGACGCUGUACGUGAAGUCGCUGGUAAGUUUCUUCCCACCCGAGUUCAGCAUCGACACGAUUUUCCAGAAGGCCCGACAAGAAGCGCCCUGCUACCUGGUCUUCGAAGACCUCGACAGCCUCGUCACCGACCAGGUGCGCAGCUUCUUCCUCAACGCCGUCGACGGCCUCUCCGAGAACGACGGCAUCUUCAUGAUCGGCAGCACAAAUCAUCUCGACAGGUUGGACCCCGGUAUCGCCAAGCGCCCGUCCAGGUUCGACCGGAAGUAUCUGUUCGACAACCCGAACUUCCAGCAGCGGGUCCAGUAUUGCAAGUAUUGGCAGAAGAAGCUGCGCGAUAACGAGGAGAUCGAGUUUCCAGAUGAGAUAUGUCCGGCGGCCGCCAAGAUCACGGACGACUUCUCCUUCGCGUACAUUCAGGAGGCAUUUGUGACUGCGCUGUUGGAGAUUGCGAGGGACACGGACAGAGGAGGCCGUGGAGGAGAAACGGCCACCGGAAAGGACGAGAAGAUGGAAGAGCUACACGAACAGUGGGAUUUGUUGGAAAUCGACUGUGAAGGUCGCGUUAAUGCCUCGGCCAGGGACAAGGAUUUGGACGACUACAUCCUGUGGAGGAAGCUGAAGCACCAGAUCGAACUCUUGCGGAAGCAGAUUUCAAAGGAAACCUCCCUCCGGUUGGAAUAA